AUGUACUCCUGCAGCCUCUAUUUUCCACGAAUCCACCUAUACACUCAAGCUCCUUCCGUUUUACUAAAAUGCGAGAAUAUUGACGAAGAACGUCUUAUUGCGGAGGCAGAAGCUACCCUGGAGCAUACUGAAUCCCUCAUCAAGUCAGAUGCACUUGAUCAGCUCCACACUGCAUCAGGCCACCGUGCUUCUCUACCUGGACGUUCUUCUGCAGACUCUCAGCUGUUCUCCAACCGAAAUCAAGCUGUGCAACGUGGAAGGACCUUCUACCCCCUUCUCCAUCCUUCCACAAUCCCCUCCUCGGUCUCCUCGUCCUCCUCUUCAGGUCUUGAACCGCGACAUCCCGUCGUUGUUGAUGCCCCGGUCGCCGGCGUCAGCCAGGGCACCCUUUUCCCUGGGGAGGAGGAAGUGGGCACAGAGGGUGAUUACACCACGUCCCCAAAUAUCCCCGAUGACUCAUUCGACGAGUCCUUCUGGGUCAAUUUGCCUCAUCAACCAGUCCCUUUUCAGGUUCAACCACUGCCGCCCGUGAAGAAGCCAUGGAGCUUCACGAAGAAGGCUCUGGUCUCCGUUGUCAGCGCGUGCGGAACCUACUUCGUUUACAGGUUGAUCGUCAAGCCACGGGCCUAUGAAGGUCCAGAAGUGGAUCUGCGUGGAAAGACCGUUGUUGUUACCGAGGCCACGGGUCGGAUGUCGCGUAGUCUGAUCACUGAAUUGGCCAAGAGGAAGGCAACCCUGGUGCUCACUUCGCGUUCCAUAGACGACUGCGAAGACGCUCGCAGUCGGCUGAUGCGCCACGUGCCCGGUUCGGAGGAGAUACGCAUCGACUGUCGUCGGCUCGACUUGGACAGCACCCGCUCCAUCCGCCGUUUCGCCGGCGCCCUCAUCAAGGACUACCCGAGCGGAAUCGACCGCCUCCUCAUCCAACCACCUGGCCCUCUCUCCGGAGUGAUUGCUGGUGUCCGGCGACCCACCCACGAUGCCUUCGAGUACCAACUUGGAACCAAUUUCUUCGCCUUCUACCUCCUCACACGCCUCCUGCUGCCUGCUAUGACUGAUGGCGGGCGUGACGCUAGAGUCGUCUUCACAGUAGACACGCGAGCCGCCGGCUUUGCUGAGGCGGUUGCAGAGAAGGACUCUUCAAGCGGCGCCGUGUGUCUACCGCUGGAUAAUUGGAAUUGGAAUGUCGGCUACACCCCCUCUGGCGCCUACCAGCGAGCCCAGUGGGCACUCAAACUUUUUGCUGACGAUUCUUAUCUUGGAGGCAUCGAAAGCACUUUUCGCCACAGGAACGAAGUGUCGUUAUUUAAGAUUCUGAAUGCACUUAUUCCCCAACUCUAUGAAAUCUCGCCAGAUAAGCCACGAGUUCCCGACUUUCACCGUCUAAAUGCUGUCGACAAGUUAACUUCAAUUUCGACCUCCGGAAUGUCAAGUUACUGGCUGUCUGAUGAUGGUGCUACGCGGUUCGAAACGGUUUUACGGGGCCCUGUUUACGAUGUGCAGUUCUUGCGACGGUCUCUCAAGGGGCCAGUCAAGCGAAAUCGCCUGACUAAGUUGCAAAUGCUGGCGCAACCUCCACUUUCCAAAACAACGAAAAACGCUUUUGUUUUUUUUCUGCCUAGUGAACUCGCAGAGCGGACAAGGGGAACCGAGCUCUCAGUUCUCAUAGCUGACCCGGCCGUGAACCGCACUUCUCAGCCGGCUGAAUUGACCGACGCCAGCACAGUGGCACCCCUGCGAUGGCUUCAAAACAUCGGCAAGGGCCUCUCCAACUUGGGAUACCUUAUCACUCGCGUAGCACCAAAGAACGUCACAGUUACCGAACUAAUGUGCACUGUAGCUGCAAAGGAGAACCUGGACCUAGAGAACACAACCACUGGCGCCCCCGUCUUUCAAAACCUGGAAAGGAAGUCAGUCGAGGAAGAUCCUGUGGACAGGUCCAAAGCCAGACAACUGCUAUGGCAACUGGCAGAGAAAUGGACCCGCCUAGACACACAUCCAAAACCGGUACCACUGCCACCACGAACUUGA